AUGCCACCCCUUCCGUACAAGCUCUACCCUGCCACCCCUACCGUACCACCUCUACCCUGCCACCCCUUCCGUACCACCUCUACUCUGCCACCCCUACCAUACCACCUCUACCCUUCCACCCCUACCACACCCACCCUACCACCCCUACCCUGCCAGCCCUACCGUACCACCUCUACUCUGCCACCCCAACCGUACCACCUCUACCCUGCCACCCCUGCCGUACCACCUCUACCCUGCCACCCCUACCGUACCACCUCUACCCUGCCACCCCUACCCUGCCCCCCCUACCGUACCACCCCUACCACCUCUACCCUGCCACCCCUACCACCCCUACCCUACCACCUCUACCCUUCCACCUCUACUGUACCACCUUUACCCUGCCACCCCCACCGUACCACCUCUACUCUGCCACCCCUACCGUACCACCCCUACCACCUCUACCCUGCCACCCCUACCACCCCUACCCUACCACCUCUACCCUUCCACCCCUACCACCUUUACCCUGCCACCCCCACCGUACCACCUCUACCCUUCCACCCCUACUGUACCACCUCUACCCUGCCACCCCUACCGUACCACCUCUACCCUGCCACCCCUACCCUGCCCCCCCUACUGUACCACCCCUACCACCUCUACCCUGCCACCCCUACCACCCCUACCCUACCACCUCUACCCUUCCACCUCUACUGUACCACCUUUACCCUGCCACCCCCACCGUACCACCUCUACUCUGCCACCCCUACCGUACCACCCCUACCACCUCUACCCUGCCACCCCUACCACCCCUACCCUACCACCUCUACCCUUCCACCCCUACCACCUUUACCCUGCCACCCCUACCGUACCACCUCUACCCUUCCACCCCUACCAAAACCACCUCUACCCUCUACCCGGUGUUCUCAACUAGCCUACCUGGUUAAAUAA